AUGGAAGCUGAAAAUGCAGAAGGUGAAAAUAUGGAAAUUGAAAAUGUGGAAUCUGAAAGUAUGGAAACUGAGAGUUUUUCUCCGGUUUCAACUCUACAAGCUCUCUCUAAGCUACUCCAUCCUGAAGAAGAUACUGAUGUUGAAUUUGAACAGGCAAAUUUUUCAACUACUAUGGGUGCGACAGGUCCUGGGAAUAUUGGACCACCCCAAAGAAGAGAGAGCACAAUCAUCCCUCGAACCAGUGUUCAACGUUGCAAAGACAUCUGGAGGUCAGAGGAAGUUUCAGAAGGAGCAGAGCACAGUGACAUAUGGGAUAUUAGAGUAACGCCCGAGUAUGAGAUUUUAUUCAAGCAACAGGUCAGAACUGAGGAUGUUUUCCUAGGACUGUCCAGAAAGGACCCAUCUACGGCAUGUUGUGAAGAUCUUCUGGUUAGAAUUAAACUGCCAAAUACAAACCCUUCUGACAUUAAAAUGGAUAUCAAGGAAACGAUUCUUGACCUCCGUACUCUCACCAAGAAGUUGUUGCUCCCCUUCCCACAUCCUGUUAAAUGCAACAGUGCGAAGGCUGUUUAUAUUCUGGAGUCUGAAACUCUUGAAGUCACUGUGCCUAUGAAAAGAGUUUGA